AUGGCCGGCGACCACAAGUCCCCUCUCCACAGUGUCCAGUCUGCCAAUCCACUUUUACCCGACCACAGCAUGUCGCCCGACAUAUGCGUUCCCACACCGGGGAUCGCCCUUACAAAUGCCAACACUGCGGCGAUCAAUUCGCACGAAGACCUUUCACUCGUCAACAGCGACCUGCUCUCGAGACACAUCAACAAGUGCCAUGCCUCCGAAAAGCCCCCAACAACCACUGCACCUUCCAGAAGGAAGGGCACCGCCGCCGCUUCUAGAGCAACAACAUCUAAGCAGGCCUGUGAUCACCUAUCUUCCUUACCGUUCACCGCUCAUCAGCAAAAUGCGUUCAACGAAAAUGCCGAUGCACGCGGUCGUCACGCAAUCUCCCUCGGCGCGCCCCGACUUCCCGACGACUUCCUCCUCGCCCCGCCUCCGGGGACGAUGCCUAUGGGUUCCAUGUAUGCUGCCCCUCAUCAGUACUCCAUGGCCAACUCCUCCACCGUCUACCCUCACGACUUCACCUCGCUUCCGCCCCUCGCCUCUGCACUUGCCCCUUCAGAGAGCUCCAUCCCUGGAAUGCUCCAAGCCCAUCGGGAGGCCAUGGAGAGCCCAGAUGCUAUGGCGCGUAUGCGCGCACAAGCUGAGCUGCUUGGUCGGGCUGGUGUUAUGCCCAACGGUACCCUCACCCUUGCCCAUCCCGCCCCCAUCGCUGACUCGAGUGCUGCUCUCCCAGGCCUCUACGCCGCAGCGGCGAGUGCCCAGGGAAACCACUACGACAACAGAUACGAUCUACCCCAGACCACCCAAUGGGAUGGUCCACGUCAGUACAUCCAGACGAAGGAUUUUGAGGCGCCGUACGGCCCACGCAGUCAGAGUCACCCCACGGUCUCAUCGUACUCUGCGGCGGGUGCUGCCGGCGGCGAGCCCUCCCUGCAAACGCACCCGCCGACGACCGCAACGUCCUCGUCUUACGAUGGGGCUGCACCGGCAUACCAUAAUAGCGGACUGCCGCCAGCCGCGCAGUUGCACCAACCUCAGCAUCACCACUCACGUUCUGAUGACUUGAGCUCUGAGGGCGACUUCAACAGUGACGCCGGUAGUUCUGGCACCGGUCCUAGCCAUUCCAUCCCUAGCAGCGCAAACUCGAGCGCCGUCCACCUCCCUCUGCCUGGCUUCAACAAUCUCCGUACUCGCGCGGAUGGCGGUGGCAGGGAUCGCUUCCAAGCUCCAAACCCUAAUGCGCCCGAGGGCGAGGGUGGUUUCUCCUCGGCGUUUGGCUUGAUGAGCCUUGACGACCCCAACGUUCUCGCCGGCAUCGCGAGCGACGGUCAGCCAUUCUUCUCUGGUCUUAGCUUCACUGGCGGAAAGUCUGGUGGCAACAACACCAGUGGGCUAUCGCUCGCGACUCCGACACAGCAUGACCUGCUUGCACAAUUGAAGAGCGCGGGUGGCCGCGAAGGAAUGGACAACAAGGAGAUGCAAGAUUUCUGGAAGAUGUAUCUUCGAACGCCUCUAACGGGUCCUAAUUCCUCCGGGAACCACGGCAUGAUGUUCCCUCUCCAGACACCGACCGGGCCCGGCCUACAGCUUGGUCAGAAUGUAGGCCAGGGUUCCGGCAGGCCGAGCCAGUCUCGGAGGCAUUCGCGCGUUGCGAGUUUGCCCAGCAUGAAGACACCGCCAUUGUUCGCGGAGGAGCGCCUUGGAGGCAACGGAUAUGGUCCGCGACCUUCGACCGGCGACUACGACUCGCACGCGAACCAGCAAGGACAAAGCCAGCAGGGUGGCCCCCAGGGCGGAUACAACUCAACCAUCCGAACGACCCUUUACGAUGGCGACGAUCUCAAGAGCUACGAGCGAGCAGUCCUCGCGCGCAAGGCGCCGAUGACCCUCAACCUCGUGCCGAAGCGCAAGGGCUCCAUCGCUCAUCCCGGAGCUCCGGCAUCGGAUGGUCCGAACUCCACGAUGGGCAAGAGCAAGAGCAUGAGCCCGGUCGUGCCCCACGCAGGGUUCCCGAGCGGCCUGCAGGGCAGCACUGGGGGCAGCAAGAUCGCGGACAUUCUGAACCGGCCGCAAAGCAGUUCCAGUACGGGAACGAACGAGAGCGGCGGGUCCGGGAUGUCGGUUCCCGCCAGCAAUGCGAGCAUCGCGAGCCAGGCAAGCUCGUCUCUCGCGUACGCGUUUGGUGGUGAGGGGUCCGCUGACGGUCAAUCGCAGUCGCAGUCGUCGUAUCAGCCUGCACCACCGCAGCCGAACGAUUACGCUGCGGCGACGCAUCGGGAGUCCGGGCAGGGUGCCGGGAAGAGGGAAAGCUUCCGAGUCAAUGCCGUCGCGAGCUCUGCUUCGGGACAACAGGUCGCCGCGCACAAGAUUCCUGUUUCUCAUACCUCGAUCAUGUUGCCGACCUUCGUGGCCACCGCGAAGAGAAGACGGUACCCUGAGCUUGACUGA